UGCCCCCUGCCCUGCAUGAACGGGGGUCAGUGCAGCUCCCGUUCCCACUGCCUGUGUCCCCCCAACUUCACCGGCCGCUUCUGCCAGGUCCCCGCGGGGGGGGGGGGCACGCUCAGGGGGGGGACCCCCCCCCUCCUCCCCCCCGCGCCCCCCGACGCCCCCCCGGACCCCGGCCCGGGUUCCAAGGUCGCCGUUUACGCCGUCCAGGUCAUCGCCGAUGGCCCCGGGGGGGCUGCGGCUCCCCCCGACCACGCCACCUUCGUCGUGCCCCUGGGGCCGGGACACCACUCGGCUGAAGCACAGGUGCCCCCUCCCCUGGUGAACGUGCGGGUCCAUCACCCCCCCGAGGCCUCGGUUCAGGUUCAUCGCAUCGACCCGCGCCCCCCCGAGGGGGCUCCCCGGGGUGGGGGGGGGCUCCUGGCGCACCCCGCUCAGCCCCCGGCGGGAAGCAAACCCCCCGCGCCCCCCCGGCCCCACACCCACAAACCGCUGGGCCGCUGCUUCCAGGAGACCCUGCCCAAGCACUCGUGUGGCAGUAACCCCCUGCCCGGGCUCACCAAGCUCGAGGAUUGCUGCGGCAGCAUCGGCAGCGCCUGGGGACAGAGCAAGUGCCACAAGUGUCCCCACGUGCAGGGUUCGGGGUCCCCGAAAGCGGCGCGGGGGGAGCGCGGGGGGGAUUGUCCCCAGGGCUACAAACGCCUCAACAGCUCCCACUGCCAGGACAUUAACGAGUGUGCCCUGCCCGGUGUGUGCCAGCCCGGCGAGUGCCGCAACACCCAGGGCAGCUUCCGCUGCUCCUGCUCGGCCGGACACGUCCUGGGCCCCUCCCGGAGCCAGUGCCUGCCCGAGCCGGGUGAGGAGCGGGGUCUGUGUUUCCGGCUGGUUUCGGGGUCUCAGCAGUGCCAGCACCCCCUGCCCACCCGCCUGACCCGCCGGACCUGCUGCUGCAGCGUGGGCAAGGCCUGGGGGGGCCGCUGCCAGCGCUGCCCCCCCGACGGCACCGCCGCGUUCAAGGCCAUUUGUCCAGCGGGGAAGGGCUACCACGUGCUCACGUCCCACCAGACCCUGACGAUCCAGGGCGAGAGCGACUUCACUCUGCACAUCCACCCCGACGGGACCCCCGAGAGACCCCCCCGGCCCCCCCCCGCCCGCCCCCAGCCCGGUGCCGCCCGAUGCUCCCCCCCCCACCAGCUGCCGGCGUUCUGGAGCCCCUCGGAGGAGCAGGGUCUGGAGCAGCCCCCGGGGAGCAGCGACCCCCCCCGGUACCCCGCGCUGCUGGCCCGGCCCACGCCCGCCCCGCUGUGGCGGCUGCCCCCGGAGCAGCUCACACGCAGCGCCGCCGAGAUCGCGCCCACCCAGGUCACCGAGACGGACGAGUGCAAACUGAACCGGAACAUCUGCGGCCCCGGCGAGUGCGUGAUGGGCCCGGGGGGCUACAGCUGCCUCUGCUUCCCGGGGUACCGCUGGCACCCCCAGCGCCGCUACUGCACCGAUGUGAACGAGUGCGAGACGGAGCCGUGCGGGGCCGGGCGCGGUGUGUGCAUGAACACGGGCGGGUCCUACACGUGUCACUGUCACCGCGGGUUCCAGCUGCGCCUGCACAAGGGGCUGCGCACCUGCACAGACAUCGACGAGUGUGCCAAGGGUGACGUGUGUGGGGACGGUGGCACCUGCUCCAACGUGCCGGGCCACUACAAGUGCGAGUGUCACCCGGGCUACCGGCGCAAGGGCUCGAGGCCACCGCUCUGCGAAGACAUCAACGAGUGCCUGGACGUGGGGACGUGCCCCGACUCCAAGUGUGAGAACCAGCCCGGGGGGUUCGUGUGCACCCCCUGCCCCCCCGGCUUCCGCGGCCUCAACGGCGCCUGCCUCGAAUUGGGGGCUCACGGGGGUCUCACAGAUGUGAACGAGUGCGAGGCUGGGGGGCUUUGCCCCGGGGGGAGCUGCGUCAACACCCCCGGAUCCUACAAGUGCCAGUGCCCCCCCGGGCUGCAGCCGGUGCGGGACCCCCCCCGCUGCCAAGACAUCGAUGAGUGCGAGUUCGCGGCCGCCUGCGUGGGGGGGGACUGCGUGAACACGGUGGGGUCGUACCGGUGCCUGUGCCCCCCCGGCUACGCUCUGGUGCACGGCCGGCGCUGCCAGGACAUCGACGAGUGCGCGCUGGACCCGGGGCUGUGCCCCCCCCCCGGCACCUGCACCAACCUCGAGGGCUCCUUCAGCUGCCGCUGCCCCCCCGGAUACGCCCCCAGCCCCGAUGGGCGCCGCUGCCUCCCUCGGGAGCCCCCCGCCCCCCGUAAGGAGUGUUACCUGAGCCUGGAGCUGCCCGUGUUCUGCGACGCCGUCCUGGGGACAAACGUGACCCGCGGCGAGUGCUGCUGCUCCGUGGGGGCAGGGUGGGGGGACCUGUGCGAGGUGUACCCCUGCCCCCUCCCCUCCUCGGCCGAGUUCGUGUCGCUCUGUCCCGACGGGAGGGGCUUCAUCCAGGACGACAACGGCCUCGACUACGGGGUCCCCGCACACCGGGACAUCGAUGAGUGCGGGCUCUUCGGGGACGAGAUCUGCAAGGGGGGGAAAUGCGUGAACACCCAGCCGGGCUACGAGUGCUACUGCAAAGCGGGCUUCGACUACGACAGCGCCCUGCGGCAGUGCCUGGACGUGGACGAGUGUCUGGACGAGUCGAACUGCGUGGACGGAGCGUGUGAGAACACGCGCGGUUCCUUCCGCUGCACCUGCGGGCCGGGGGCUCGGUACCACCCGGGGCUGCGGCGCUGCCUGCCCGCCCCCGAGCACGAACGCCCCCCCCCGCCGGAGCGGCGGGACGUGUGCUGGCAGCGGCGGGGGGACGAGGGGGUGUGCGGGGCGCCCCUCGGGGGGGGUCCCCUGACGCUGGACGAGUGCUGCUGCCGGGGGGGGGCCGGCUGGGGACCCCAUUGCCGGCCCUGCCCCCCCCGGCCCCCAGGGCUGCCGUGCCCCCCCUUGCAGAGCGAGAGCAAUUCCUUCUGGGACGUCAGCCCCCUCGGCCUGGGGGGGCCCCGCAGAGGUGACGACAGCUCUGAGGAAGACUCUGCCGAGUGUCCCUGUCCUGGGGGGGUCUCCGGCCGCUGCCUCCGCUCCCCCCGGGGGGGCUGCGAGUGCCCCCCCGGCUUUCAACCGGACCCCACCCGCACCCGCUGCCUCGAUAUCGACGAGUGUCGGGACCCCCGGGGGGGUCCCCGCUGCCCCCGCGAGCGCUGCAUCAACACGAGCGGCUCCUUCCGCUGUGCCUGCAAAGCCGGGACCAGCCGGGCUCGGCCUGGGGGGCUCUGCCUGCCCCAGCGCCGCUGA